GUACUGCUUUCCCUUUGGACGACCAGAUGGGGCCCUGAAGGCAACGCUCUCCCUGCAGGAACGGGUUCUGAUGAAGGACAUCACCACACCCGUCCCCCCGGAUGAGAUGAAGAAACUGGUGCAGAAGUGUUUGGAAAAAGCCGCAAAAAUCAACUACAGCCAGCUGAUGGAGUACGCUCAGAUCAAAGUGGACGCUCAGGCGGCUCCAGAGAAGAGACUGGAGGACAUGCUGCGUCUGGGAGAGCUGAGCAUCGAGGUGCUGCAGCAGAACGAGGAGCAUCACUCAGAGGCUUUCUCGUGGUGGCCGGAGCUGAUGGCCGAGCACGCCGAGACCUUCCUGUCCCUGUACAGAGCCGACAUGGACGCCGCUCUGCAGGUCCAGCCUGUGGACUCCUGGGACAGCUUCCCUUUAUUCCAGCUCCACAACAACUUCCUGCGGACGGACCCUCACCUGUGCAACGGGCCGUUCCACAAACACCUGCAGGACCUGUUCGUCCCCCUGGUGGUGCGCUACAUCGACCUGAUGGAGUCGUCCAUCGCUCAGUCCAUCCACCGAGGCUUCGAGCAGGAGACCUGGCAGUCUGUGAACCUGCAAGGAAUAAAUCUGCCUGAUGUCUUUAACGGUUCAGCCACCUCAGAGGACUUGUUCUGGAAGCUGGACGCCCUGCAGAUGUUCGUCCUGGACCUCCACUGGCCGGAACCCGAGUUCGCCAAACAUCUGGAGCAGAGACUCAAACUGAUGGCGAGCGACAUGAUGGAGGCCUGCGUCAAGAGAACAAAAUCUGCGUUUGAUUCCAAAAUGCAGAAAACGAGCAAGACGACAGACUUCCGGGUUCCUCUGUCGAUCUGCACCAUGUUCAACGUGCUGAUGGACGCCAAGAAGCAGUGCUCCAAACUCUGCGUGCUGGACACCGGGCAGGAGAUUGACAAACAAUGGCAACAGUACCACUCCAAAAUCGACGUCCUCAUAGACGACGCGUUCAAAGAAAUGGUUUCCUCCCUCGUCGCGCGGUUUGCUGCUGGUCUGGACAGCGUCCUCUCCAAACUCUCCAGAUACGAUGAAGGAACCUUCUUCUCCUCCAUCCUCUCCUUCACAAAACCGGGGAUGGAUCUGGCCGACACGUACAUCACCUUCGUACGGCAGAACCAGGACAUCCUUCGAGACCGGGUCCAGGAGGAGCAGUACAUCGAGAAGGUGUUUGAU